AAAUCUUUCCAGUAACAAGAUCAGUGUUUUACACGCGGAGAGUUUUGCACAUCUGACUUCCCUGACAAAACUAGAUUUAAGCAACAACAAGAUUUCUACAUUAGAAGAUGGCGUAUUUGAUAAUUUAUUUAAUUUAAGCGAAAUAAACCUGAGUCUGAAUCCAUUCCUUUGUGACUGCAACCUCGCCUGGCUUCCCCGCUGGCUGGACAGAAGGAAAGUGAAAGUCGCGCGCCCACUGGAUACCAAGUGCGCCCAGCCACCCGAGGUGGCCAACCUUCCUCUUUUCAAUGUUUCAUUCACCGAUACAACUUGUGAAGCUGAGUACAUCGCGUGCCUGACGGACAGCGCUACAGGACUGGCCGAUUCCAUCGUCCGAUUUGUAUACCAGCUCCCUCAGAACUGGACUGAGGAGAUCUGCGGUGCUCAAUGCUAUGUCGAAGGGCAGGACUACGGGGGCUUCAGCGAUGACGGGCAUUGCCUGUGCGGUCCCGCUCUCGAGCCAAACUCUUCCACGGACUGUUUGCCGUUUUGCACAGAGCCAUUUUCCAGGCCUGUCUGUGGGGGGCCUUCUAUUGUCUCAAAUGUUUUCCUGGCGCAGCUGCACAUUUCCUUAUCAGGGCCCAGGAACCCUUCCAGUCUUUACCAAACAGUGGCUUUCAACAUCAGUGUCCCGCUUGCCGUGGGCAACUUCCAGUGGGACUUUGGGGACCAGACACAGCUUUUCAAUACCACCAAGGCAGCUGUUCUCCACAAGUACUCUUUGCCCGGACGCUACAACGUCACCGCCACCGCCGUUGUGGGCAGUCGCUUUACCUCAGUGCAGACAGAAAUUGAGGUGGUGGCACCUCCGGGAGAGAUAGAGCUUCAGUGUCCUCCUUUAGUGAAGGCCAAUGAAAGUUUGCAGCUGCAGAUCAGGAACCGAGGAGGGACUGGCCUGUCGGCCGUGUACAGUGUCGUGGCACAGGACGGCGAAACUGAACAAGGUGUACACCCGAUGUGCCCCACGGACAGCGUGGUCUUCCCCGGGAACAGCCACUGCUAUCGGCUGGUGGCAGAGAAAGCCGAAUGGCUGGAGGCCCAGCGGCAUUGCCAGGAAUUCGGCAACGGAGACUUGGCCUUUGUCAGCAGCCCGGAAAUCCAGAAUUUCUUGGUCUCCCAUGUCACCAGGAGCUUGGACGUCUGGAUCGGGUUCAACGACAUGGCAGGCCCCGGCGGCCCCCGGCAGCAGGGAGAAGGCUUCGACCUGCAGAGCUGCCAGAACUGGCUCCCUGGAGAGCCACACCCAUCCAACGCCGACCACUGCGUCCGGAUGGGCCCCGCCGGCCAGUGCAACACGGACCUCUGCAUGGCCAAGCACAGCUACGUCUGCGAGUACAAGCCGCCAGGCAAGUGGCGCCUUCGACCCCGUCAGGGCCAGGCCUGGUUGCUUUUCAGAGGGAAAGACACUUUUGUCAGGCCCAAUGAUACCAUGAGAAUCCAACAUGACGCGGGACCUGGCGCCUUCCUUCUUUGCCGCCCGAGCCUGACACCAUCGGACCAAAUCCGCUACUUAACUUUGAAUUCUUCUGACUGGGACCCUGGCUUCCCUGCCCGCAACACAGCCAGCAGCGGGCGGAACGACUCUGUAUGCUUCCUCAGAGUUCUCUAUGUAUCUGAAGAGACGGUGUCCAUUAUCAGUCCAAAGAAUUCUGGUGUGGGUCGCUAUGGCCCCUACGCCGUGAGAGCCACGGUAGACAACGGAGUCUUCGUCGCCAAUCUGUCCUGCCAUUUCUGGGCUGUUUCUCCCGUGGAGGGCCUCCGUGUCGUCUACCCUGCAGUUCAAGAUGGCAAGAUCUACGUGCCGACCAACAGCACUUGGCUGCUGGUGAAGAUCUCUUCCGGGGAAAACGCAUCUGCCGGCUGGCUAGGGGGGAACCAGAGCUUCCCCUUCGAAAGGCACUGUCCGCCUGCAGUCGCUCUGCUGGCGGCGGAGUGCGCCAUAGAAACCAACGACUCCUGGUUCUCUGUAAUCGUGCUUGAUGGCAUUGGGCUGAACUUCAGCACCACCGUGCUGUGGGCGGAGAAUGCCGUGAGCUCCCAGAACGUCAGUGUUGUGGUGAAAGCCGAAGAGCCCAUUCGAGGACUCCGUGCGACCCCGGACCCAGAAACCCGAGUCUUGCUGAACAAACGAGUGAGCUACGUCCCCAUGAUGGACGCCGGAUCAGAUGUCACCUUCAGGUGGAUGGUGGACGAUAAACCCUCCUUCACUUUCUACAACAACGUCUUCAAGGUUGUGUACCAGACCCCUGCUGUGUACAAGCUCUCGCUCACCGCCUCCAACCACGUCAGCAAUGUCACCGUGGACUACAACAUCACCGUGGAGAAGAUGAACAAGAUGAAGGACCUGGUGGUCUCCGAAAUCCCGUCGUUGGUCCCUCAGAACAGCACUGUGGACCUGUCCGCUGUGGUUAUGGUGGACUCUGCCGUGGAUGCCACGUUCUUGUGGGAUUUUGGAGACGGCGACAAGGCUGUUUCCCAGUUUAUGCCUCCUUAUAAUGAUUCUUUCCUCAUGCCGGAUCCCAAUGUGCAUCAGGUGGUGAUCACUCACAAUGUGUCGCACACCUACCAAGAACCAGGCCAAUAUACCUUAGUUGUUUCGGUGUUCAAUGAGUUUGAAAACCUGACCUAUGCCACCCCUGUCCACAUCUACACUUUUCUGCUGGACGUGACCAUGGAAGCGAAUACAGACGUCCUGGUUGUGGGUCACCCUGUCAGUUUUGAAGCCUCCCCUCUUCCCUCCAGGUUUGGGGUCUCCUACACUUGGGAUUUCGGCGAUGGCUGCACGGCGUUUGUGGAAAGCCAGCCUACCAUCGUCCACACCUACAGCCGUAAAGGGACGUACAAUGUCAGCUUACAAGCCAACAACACCAUCAGCACUGUGGAGGUGUUCGAGCUGUACCGCGUUUUUGAAGAGAUCAGCGGGCUGCGGGUGACUUUGAACAAAGCGAUAGAGCUCCGCACGCCGGUCAAGAUCAACGCUUCCGUGGAGACGGGGGAUAACGUCACCUGGGUAUUCGAUAUGGGCGACGGGACAGUGCUGGAAAGUUCCGUGGGGUCCGUGAAACACAUCUAUUUAGAAGAGGACAACUGCACCAUAAACGUGACGGCGGCGAAUCCGGUCAACUCCAUUUCCCAGGCGGUGGCCGUCCAGAUAUUUGUGCUGAUGGUCCUCAAGAUCGAGCCUUCCUCUUGCAUCGCGGAGCACCCCGAAGUACAGCUGACCGCUUACGUCUCAGGAGACCCCGCUGACUAUAUUUUUGACUGGACCUUUGGGGACGGCUCCUCCAACGUGACAGUGGACGGGGACCCUACGGUGAUACACAACUUUACCCGCAGCGGUGUCUUCUCGCUCUCUUUGGUCCUCUCAAGCAAGGUCAGCUAUUACACCGUAGUGUGUGUGGAACCAGAGAUCACCAACGUCACACUGUCCGGCCCACCCUUUGUCAUGCUCGGCAACGAGAGCAGGUUCCAGGUCGCAGCCUCGCCCCCUUACAACUACCGUUACUUUUGGGACUUUGGGGCCAACGACUCAGCUCGGUUUGGCGGGACGGAAGUCAGCUACACGUAUAAAACCCCGGGCAGCUACUUAGUCACAGUCACGGUGUCCAACAAUGUGUCUUUCAACAACGACACAGCCAUCGUGAAAGUCCUGGAGCCAGUCGGGGUAGCCAAGAUUGAGUCCAACGGGUCAAAGGUCUUGGAGCUGAACCAGAUCUAUCUGUUUUCUGCCAACGUCACUGGGACCAAAGCGAGCUAUCUGUGGGAUUUGGGGGACGGCACCAGCCAGCUGGGGAAAUUCGUCACCCACUCGUACAACAAAAGUGGCAUUUACGCCCUCAGCCUGAGAGUAUGGAAUGAGGUGAGCCACACCGAAGCGAGACUCAACGUGACAGUAAAGAGGCGUCUCCAAGGGCUGGCCAUCAAUGCCAGCAAGACCAUAGUCCCGCUCAACGGCUCUGUGAGCUUCACGGCCACCUUACUCGCCGGCACAGCCAUCCGGUACUCUUGGAUCCUGUGUGACAGAUGCACCCCGAUCCCCGGAACGUCCACCAUCUCUUAUACCUUCCGCUCUAUCGGGACCUUCAACGUGAUCGUCACGGCGGAGAACGAGAUCGGGUCUUUGCAAGACAGCAUCUUCAUCUACGUCUUGCAGCAGAUCGAAGGGCUGCAGGUGACCAGCGGCGACCUCCUGGAGGACGCCUUCUUCCCCACCAACAAGACGCUCCAGCUCCAGGCGGGAGUGAGAGAAGGGACCAACAUCUCCUACAGCUGGUCAGCCCUAAAAGAAGGCUACCCUGUACAGACUUUCACAGGGAAGACCUUCUCCUUGCUCGUGAUGGAAGCGGGCGUCUACGUUAUCCACCUGAAAGCCACGAACAUGCUGGGGAGUCUGGCUGUGAACAAGACACUGGAGUUCAUUGAGCAAAUCGGCGUCCUGAAACCCGUUGCGUCUCCUAACCCUGCAGCAGUCAACGUUUCCAUUAAUAUAAGCAUCAGCGUCGCCACAGGGACCGGAUUGGCAUAUACUUGGUACCUAGAGGAGGGCAUCCUUCUUCUCACGUCCAACCCUUUCGUCGCCUAUUCUUUCCAAAGCCCCGGUGUCAAGGUGAUCAUGGUUACAGUGGAAAACAAAUUUGGUUCUGCCAACGCGACACUUCUCGUAUUUGUCCAGGAGCCGAUCGUGGGUUUGAAGAUCCAGACCGUCAAUCUAGACGGGAGUUAUGUCAGAUCCGGCUCCGUAGUGAACUUCCGCGGAGAACUUGAAAGGGGGACUGAUGUAGCUUGGAAGUGGAAGUCGCAGAACAGAACCAUAACGGGCCAGAGAGUUGCUCUGGAGUUCCCCACAGCAGGAUCCUUCUCCGUCUAUCUGAAUGCUUCCAACGAGGUCAGCUGGGAAACGGCUUGCCACAAUAUCACCGUGCAAGAUGCAAUCCAGGGUCUACAGCUCCACGUGAGUGAGGAAGUGGUGGAGCCCGGGGAAGAGGUCUCCUUUGUCAUUGAAAUGUCUUCUGGGUCUUCUGUGAGCUACGGGGUGAGCAUCGGCGGGGAUCGUAUGGUGGCACUCAACGCCUCCAGGUUCACCCAUGCGUUUGCCCAGGUCGGAGACUACAGGGUUAAGGUCACUGCGGAAAACUUCGUCAGUGUGGCCCAGGUUGAGGUCCACAUCAUUGUGCUGGAACCCAUCUCCGACUUGCGGAUUGCGGACUGCUGUGAGCCAGGCACGCCAACAGGGAUGGAGAGGCAUUUCACAGCUGAGAUUGGGAAGGGUUCCCGGGUGUCUUAUCUGUGGCAGUUUUCCUUAGAAGAGGAGCUGAGACAUUCCCAAGUGGCCCUGGAAGGCAAGAGUGUUUCGUAUACCCCAGAGGCUGCUGGGUUGCUGGAGAUCCAUCUCACCGCUUUCAAUGGCUUGGGCAGCAUGAACGUAAGCGUAGUAAUCCAAGUCCAGGACCCAAUAGUGCAGUUUUCUCUCAAGCCCGUUGAACCGUUUGCCAACCGGACAUCCUUGUUCGAAGCGUCAGUGUUGCCCAGUGCAAGGCAGGUUGUGUUUUGGUGGCAGUUUGGGGACGGCUCUCCAGCACAAAAGAGCAUCAUGGCAUCCGCCGGCCACACCUACCGGAGGCCGGGGGAAUACCUGGUGGAGGUGAAUGCCACCAACCUCAUCAGCUUUGCCAUCACCCAUCUGACGGUCACGGUCCGAGUGCUGGAGUGUGAGGAACCGGAGGCGGAGCUGGUCUUGCCUGCACAGGUGGUCAUGAAGCGGUCGCAGAAGAAUUACCUGGAGGCACAGAUCGACCUGCGGGGGUGUUUUCGGUACCGGACGAAAUACGCGUGGGAGAUUUACAGAGCCUCCAGCUGCCUGUGGCUGAGCGGCACCGACAAAGUCCGCUUGCCCGCCGUAGACAUGAGCCGACCCCAGCUGGUCAUUCCCAAGCUUGCCCUGGACCUGGGGAACUACUGCUUCAAAUUCCUGGUCCGUUUCAGAGACACACCCCUGUCCAAGAGCAUUUUCGCCAAUGUGACCGUUGUCCCCAACAAGCUGGUGCCCAUCAUCGACGGGGGGUCAUACCGUGUGUGGUCCAGCACCCGAGACUUAAUCUUGGAUGGUGAGAAAUCCUAUGAUCCUAACCUCGAGGACUGGGAGCAGACGGUGUUGCACUACCGAUGGACCUGUGUGUCAUCCACCAAGAGCUCUUCUGGAGGGUGUGCUCUGAACUUCAGCGCCGCCGGAGGAGUGGUUACCGUUUCCCGAGCCAUAUUGGAAACAGAUGUAGAAUACACGUUUGACCUCACAGUCUGGAAAACAGGGAUGACUCCCGAAGCCACCAAUCAAACUGUGUUGAUCAAGAAAGGGACGGUCCCCAUCGUGGCUUUGGAGUGCGUCUCCUGCAAAGCCCAGUCUGUCUAUGAAGUCAGCCGGAGCUCCUAUGUGUACCUGGAGGGGACUUGCUUGAACUGCCAAAACAAUUCCAAACUGGGGCGGUGGGCUGCCCACAGCUUCAAAAACAAGACGCUGGUCUUGGACAGAACCACCACGUCGACGGGAAACGUGGGGAUGAAUCUGGUCUUGAGGCCGGGGGCCCUGAAGGACGGCGAGGGAUACACCUUCACCUUCCACAUCACAGAUCUGGCCACAGGGGAGGAGGGGUACGCCUCCAUCGACCUCCUUCCGAACCAGCCACCUUUUGGGGGCUUCUGUCGGCUGUCUCCCCUGGGGCGUGUCCAAGCACUGGCGGCAAAGGUUCAUUUUGAAUGCACAGGCUGGAGGGACAACGAGGACGAGGACACCCCCUUGGUGUACAUCCUCCUGGCGACACGUUGCCGGACCGGCCACUGUGAGGAAUUCUGGGUGUACAAAGGGAGCCAUUCUGAGCACGCUGCUUUCCUGCCGCCAGGGUUCCAGGAGGGCGCCUCCCUGGUGCACGUCUCGGUGCUGGUGCAAGAUCAGCUGGGAGCGACCGUGGUGGCCCUCAACAGCACGAUAGCCAUCACCCUGCCCAGCAUGCCCAACGGAUUCCACAGCCUCCCGCACUGGCUGUAUAACCAGACUGAGGUGGUCCUCCAGGGCUUGGUCAAGCAGAAUGACCCGCAGCAGGUCAUUGAGUAUUCGCUGGCUCUCAUCACCAUCUUGAACGAGUACGAGCGCUCCCUGCCUUCAGAAGCCAGAGCCGAGGACGAGGAAGACUUCCGUGCCUGGAUGCGGAGGAACAUCACAGAAACCCUGAACUCCAUGAAGGUGAACACGGUGGACGACAUUCGGCAGAUCACGGCGGCUCUGGCGCAGUGCACGGUGGCCAGCAAAGAGUUUGUGUGCCGCGCAUGUUUGACGGAGACCCUGAAGAAGCUGGAGAGCAUGCUGACAAUCCUCCAGGGGGAGACCCUCCAAGGGACCAUGACUCCGACCUCCAUUGCGGACAACAUUCUCAGCAUCAUGGGGGACUUGAUCCACCUGGUCAACACAGUUCCGCAGCCGUCUAAGUCGCCGGGACUGAACAGCGGUCCAAGCCCCGUGCAGGUGGCUUCCAAGGCAUACGCCCUCUCCACGGACCUGAUGCGCAUCCUGAUGAAGUCUCGGGUUCUCAAUGAGGAGCCGCUGGAGCUGGUGGGCAGUGACAUCACGGCCAAGGGCAAGCGCUCCGACCCCUUCGGUCUGCUCUGCUACGAGGACAGCCCCAGCUGCAGGUUCUCCAUCCCUCCGGCUUUCAACACCACCUUCUCCGACCUGACCGACGUGGUCCAGGUCAUGAUCCGGGUGGACUACAACCCUUUCCCUUUCGGCUAUAUCCCGAACUACACCGUCUCGUCCGAGGUGGCGUCCAUGGAGUUCCAGAACAACAACGGCACCGAAAUACCCGUCGGGAGCCUGGAUCCGGAGAAGGCCAUCACCGUGAUGGUGUCCGACCCGGCGGCCAAAAACAUCACUGCGGGGACAGUGACGGUGGAGGAAAGGAAAUCCGUGAACGUGGUGCUCACGACGGAGAACAGCAACAGAGAAGUGGGGUUGUAUUUCCAAGUCACCUUCAGCGUCAUAAAUGGGUACCUCUAUUUUAUCCUCACAACCCACACGGAGGACGCCGCGAGCGACUACUACUUGAACAUCACCAACCAUUUCCUCUGGUCCCCGGUGGAAGUGACGCUGGGCCUGUACAGCUCCCUGUGCCAGUACUUCAGCGAAGAGGAGGAGCGCUGGAAGACGGAAGGCAUGGCUCCCUUGGAGGGGACCACCCCCAACCAGGCUGUGUGCCUAACCCAACACUUGACGGCUUUCGGCGCCAGCCUCUUCGUCCCGCCGCACUCCGUCCAGUUCAUACGGCCCCCUCCAGGUCCGGGGCUGAACUACAUAGUUCUGUUGACCUGCGCCAUCUGCUUCGUGACGUACUCCGUGGCGGCCCUGAUCGUGCACAAACUGGAUCUGAUCGACAUUAACCGAGUGGGGGUGAUCCCGUUCUGCGGGAAGAAUGGGCUCUACAAGUACGAGAUCCUCGUGAAAACCGGCUGGGGCAGCGGGUCAGGGACGACAGCCCACGUGGGGAUCACACUGUACGGGAUGGACCACAAAUCGGGCCACAGGCACCUGGACAGCGAGGACGCCUUCCACCGCAACAGCCUCGACAUCUUUCAGAUCGCCACCGAGCAGUGUCUGGGCACCGUCUGGAAAAUCCGGAUCUGGCACGACAACAAAGGACUCAGCCCCUCCUGGUACCUCCAACACGUGAUUGUCCGAGACCUGCAGACCUGCCGGAGUUUCCACUUCCUGGUGAACGACUGGCUGUCCGUGGAGAGCGAGGAGAACGAUGGCUUGGUGGAGAGAGAGGUCUUUGCUGCCAGCGAGGCUGACCUGAGGAGCUUCUUGAGGAUCUUCGUGGGCGAGCUGCAGCGGGGUUUCUUCGAGAAGCACAUCUGGCUCUCCCUGUGGGAUCGGCCCCCUCGCAGCCGCUUCACCCGGGUCCAGAGGGCUUCCUGCUGCUGCCUCCUCGUCUUCCUCUUCCUCUGUGCCAAUGCCGUGUGGUACGGUGUGGUGGGAGACGUCAACUUCAGCAAUGUGGCAGUCUCCACCCUGAUCCCCGUCAGCGGUGAAACGGUAACGGUUGGGCUGGUGUCCAGUUUGGUCGUCUACCCGCUGUAUCUGGUCCUCCUGUUCCUCUUCCGGAUGGCACGCAGCAAGGUGUCCGUAAGCCAGUCCCUGACUCAUUCCGACCAGCAGUCCUUGGAGAUUGACAAUUACCUCGACUCCUCGCUUCUGGAGAGCUCGUUCCUCACCUUCCCUGGGCUGCGGACGGAGGCAUUUUCGGAGCAAACGAAAACAGACGUGUUCCUGGAUGACUCCAAGAGCCUGAUCCGGUGGCAUUCAAACGAGGCCCUCCCCAACUGGCCAGAUCUCCUCAGCGACCCUUCCAUCAUGGGCAACACCAUCCAGAGGCUGAAGAGGGGGAGGACCAGCCGCCAUCUUGGCCUCGAGGCGCCUCUGGCCACGGAGGAGGACGGCUUGUCUCUCGGCUUGCCCCACACUCAGACCAGAUACUUUUCUGCUUCAGAUGAAGACCUGAUCAGGCAAAUCCUCGCUGAUGGAACGGGCAGCAUCUCCCAUCCGCUGGACGCGGGGCAGUACAGCAGGGUGGAGACCGACCUCCUCUCGGGGCUAUCCAGCAUGCUCGGGGAGAAGACGGAGGCCUUCAUGAUGCAGAGACUGAACGUGGCGGCCCCCGGCAGGGAACUCAACUGCUCGGCCAAAUCAACACGGACAGUGGCAGAUCAUGCGCUCCGGAAGUUCCUGCUGCCCUUCUGGUGCUCGUACCUGGCUCACACCAUCAGCCUCGCCCUCCUUGCCGUCUGCUUUGGGAUCUCGUCGUGGAUUGGCGUCACGUUCACGUCCAGCGUGGCCCUCAUGUGGCUCAUCUCAGGGAUUUUUAGCUUCCUCUCCUCCUUCUUGUUCUGGGAACCCCUCAAGGUUCUGCUCGAGGCCCUUUAUUUCUCCCUGGUGGCCAAGCGCCUGCACCCGGAGGAGGAUGACACCCUCGUGGAGUACCCGCUGGUGGAGCACGUCUCGGAGAAGAUUGGCCGGGUCCGCCCCCCUCAGGGAUUCGCUCUCUUCCAGGCCAAGGAGGAGGCCAGGAAAGUGAAACUUUUGCAUAGGAUGCUGAAGACCUUCCUCGUCUACAUGCUUUUCCUGCUGGCCACCCUCCUCAUGAACUACGGCGACAGCUCCCUCAACAGCCGGGCCUUCCUGCUGCAGAGCUCCAUCAAGCGACAGACGGCCAGCGAUCAGUUCCUGCGCAUUAAGAGACCUGACGAGUUCUGGGUUUGGAUGUCACAGGGGCUGUUGCCGUACCUGUACAACAACCAGUCCGGCUCGGGGAGCCGCAGCGCCACCUUGGGAACCCCACGGCUGCGGCAAAUCCGCCUGCAGGAAGGUAAGACGGGGCCGACUCUUUCCCCAGGAGAGUGCCCGGGUCCUGUCGGCAACAUCCUGAGUGCGAUGGACGCAGCUGGGGAGAAAUGCAUCUUCGGCGCCCACAUUUUUGACACCAGCAGUUACGCCGUCGGCUGGGAAAGCAUCCCUGACAACCUCACGCAGCUCUGGGUCUAUUCACCUCCUGAACAUGCCGGGGUCUGGUUUUGGGGCUACCUGUCCUUCUACGACGGCAGCGGGUAUGUACAAGAGUUGGGGACCACUCUGGAGGAGAGCACAACCAGGCUGGACUUCCUCCGGCAGAACAACUGGAUCAGUAACAUGACUCGAGCAGUCUUCAUAGAACUGACCCAGUACAACCCAGGCCUGGACCUCUCGGCUGUCGUCACCUUCAGGUUGGAGUUUCCUGGGGCGGGGCAGGUGCUGCCAGCGGUCACCAUCGGGUGCAUCCCGUUUCUUCCACUCAACGGAGGAGUCACACUGCAGCUUCUCUUGAUGGUCAUCCUGAUGAUCGUGGUUGUCUACUUCGUGGUGACCGAGUCGCUCUCCAUCAAGAAGGCGGGCAGGGCUUACUUUGGGCUGGCUAGCAGCUACAGCCAAUGGCUGCUCAUCCUCCUCGCCACCUGCACGGUGGGGGUGUACGUCAGCCAGGCCACCCUGGCCGGGAGGCAGUGGGCAGCCUACCUGAAGAACCGGCACGGCUUCACCAGUUUCUACCAGGUGGCUUCGCUCAACACCGCCUUCCACUGCUUGGCUGCCGUCCUGCUCUUCCUGCUGCCCGUCAAGGCAUCCCAGCAGCUGCGCUUCAUCCGGCAGUGGUCCGCUUUUGGGAGAACUCUGCAGCGGUCUGCAAAGGAGCUGUUUGCCACGGGGCUGGCCUUUGGGAUCAUCACUCUUGCCUGCGCGCAACUCGGCUUCCUGCUCUUCUCCUCCCGCUCGGAGGCCUUCUGCACCUUCUCCGGCUCCCUCCGACUGCUUUUCACGGCACUCCGCAGCAGUGUCAGCCUGCGCUUCUGCCUUCCUGAGCCGGUCGGGCUCUCCCACCUUUUCUGCGCCAGCUACAUCGCUCUGGAGCUGUGGGUGGUUCUACGGCUGUUCGCAGCAGUCCUCAUCCAUCACUACCGGGAGACGCGCUUCGAGAUGUACCGGCCAGCCUUUGAGUCCCAGGACUACGAAAUGGUCGAGCUCUUUGUUCGGAGGCUCAAGAUGUGGAUGGGGCUCAGCAAAGCCAAGGAGUUCCGCCACAAGGUGCGCUUCGAAGGGAUGGAGCCGUUGCCCUCGCGCGCCUCCAGCCAGGACUCCCGGUCCUUGCGAGGGCCCACGCCCAGCGCCGUCUCCGACAGCGCCUCCACCUCCUCCAGCCAGCUGGAUGGGCUCAGCCUGGCCCCAAGUGGCCGGGACAGCUCCGAAGCCGACGGCGACGUCCAGCAUCUCCUCUCGCUCCUAGAGAUCUUGCUCAUUCAGUUUGACCGGGUGAAUGAGGCCACCGAGGACGUGUACCACAUCGAGCGCCGGCUGGAGGCCGCACAGAGCCAGCGGGCGAGGAAGAGGGACACGGAGGGAGCAGAACCGCCGGGAAACCAACGUGGAAACCAACACCGUCCAACGCCCGCCCAUCUGGGAUUGUUGUCCCCUCCAACGUGCCCCAGCAGUAACCAGCUUCUGCCUUCCUGUCCCCUGAAGAGCUCAGCACCCAGCAGAAUGCCCCAAGCCAGCCAGGGCAUCGGCCUGGCUUCCUCACUGCUUUCUCCACACAAGACGUACGCCUCGCUCAUGCCCACGGCCCGGAAGAAGAAGAAACCGCUGCGGGCCAACAACCGAGUCCACCCCUGUGGGAAGUAACAGCAUCCUCCCAGGCCGAAAGGAGAAAGUCCUGUGUGGCUUGCAACCCACCAGCGGUCACUCCUGCGCCACCAGGAGAGGCACCGUCCCUCUCUGAAAUGUCACCUCCCAUCCAUGUGGCGGGGUGGGUGCUGUCGGAAGGGCAGACCGCCGAUCAGCUUGAUGCUGAGGGACGUACAGAGAUGAGUGCGGCUUUCGCUCGGAUCCCUGGCGGGUCCUAGCGGGUGGCUCCUGUCACCCGGGCGCUUGGCGGCUCAGCGAUCUUCUCCGUGUUACCGUUUCCCCUAAGAGAGUGAGAGCACAGCUUACCUGCUGUGGGGGAGGGAAAAUCCGCCAGAAAGGGGAUAUCAGCUGUGUGGCCGUGGCGUUCGCCUUCAUGUUGCAAUGGGGGGGGGUAUUCCUUUUAUCAGAGCAAAAGGGUCUGGUGGAGCAUUUAAAAGGGACUCAAAUCAGAUCUUUUAAAAAAAGGAAUUAGAAAAUGCAGCUGAUUUCUAUGCCAAGGCCUUGAAAAUGUUUGAAGGCCAAAAUGAACAAUCCGGGCGAAGAACAC